AUGCCCGUCAUCCGUCGCGUAAAGCCGUCGGACCUCUUCCACCUCAAUCUUUGCAAUCUCGAUCCCUACACAGAAAACUAUGACAUCGGCUUCUACAUGCACUACCUGAUGAAAUGGCCGUCAUUAUUCCAGUGUGUCGAGGAGCACGGCCAGAUUGUUGGGUACAUCAUCGGAAAGGUCGAGAGCUCACCGCCUCAGCUUCAAAAUUCACCACACGCACUCCCCUGGCAUGGUCACAUUACGGCUCUCACCAUCGCUCCGGAAUAUCGACGCCUAGGAUAUGGUAAGCUCUUGUCCGAGGCUCUGGAAAAAGCUUGCAACGCCCAAAAUGCCUGGUUCGUGGACCUCUUUGUACGAGAAAGCAAUAAAAACGCCAUCAAAAUGUACGAGAGCAUGGGCUAUUCGACGUUCCGAGUUGUCGUCGACUACUACGCCGACAAUCCGUCCAAUCCGGACACUGGGCUGGGAGAAAGUGCUCUGGAUAUGCGCAAGCCAUUGGAUCGAGACAAGAAGAGAGAGCACGUCCGCGAGAACGGACAUGACUUUGCAGUCUUUCCAGAGGACGUGUUCUGA